AUGCCCCUGCACUCAGAGGCUAAUAAGCAGCCAAUAACUUCCCCUGUUACAGAUGCCGUCAUCGCAAAUAAAUACCCUGCAUCGCUUGCAGCCCUGGUCCAUCUACCAUCACCAUCACCCGCCUGCGCCAUGGUAUCCAAAAUCCCUCUUGUCCACAACCCCCACUACCGCAAAUCCGGGAUUAAAUCCUACGCCUAUCUAAUACGCAAAUACGACAUCCACCCCACUCGAGACGGCCCUUACUUCAUCGGCCGUACGAUCCACCAGACCGGUCGGCCUUUCACCAGCAAACCAGUCGGUGGCAGGGUCCGCUUCCACGAUGUGAUGCAGAAGCAAUUCUCUGAGAGGGACCUGCACCAAGUGGAUGCCGAUGAUAUCCAGAAUGAGAGCUUGUACUUCGUUCCGGUUUCGAUUGGAUCCCCUCCGCAGGCCCUGAAUCUGGUUCCUGAUACCGGGUCAUGCGAUCUCUGGGUACGGUCUAUUGCCCCUUCGCGAGAGGAUCGUCCGGCUUUUGAUCCAUCCAAGUCAACCACUUCUUCGAUUGCCGAGCAAUCCUCAUGGAAAGUUUCGAACUUGGAUAAUUCUUCUGCGUCUGGUUCUGUUGUAGCAGACAAUGUCAUCCUCGGGGAGGAGUUGACGGUCAAGUUCCAGCAUAUCGCCAUCGCGGACACUCUGUCCUCUGGAUUCGACCAGACCGCAGCAGACGGCGUACUAGGGCUCGCAUUUGGAGCUGCAUCCAAUAUUCGGCCCGAAGUCAAGAGCCUGGUCGAGACUAUACAGGGCCAAGAUGACCUAGCGUCGUCUGCCAAACUCUUCACGGCAAAAUUCGCCCUGUCGAAUGCCUCCGGUCAAGAAGGCCCGUUCUUUGCGUUCGGGGGUAUCGAUGAGAACAACAGCAUCGGAGGAGAAGAUACUAUACACUACGCGCCCAUCAACAAGAGCCACAGCUUGUGGUCCUUCGAAUCCACAACUGCAACUAUAGCGGGAACAGCCAUCGACCGGCGCGAGAAUAUCGCGAUCGUUGACACCGCUGCAGAUCUUACCUUGCUUGAGGACUCGAUCUGUCAGGCAAUCUACGAUGCUAUCCAGGGGGCGUUCUACGACGGCGAAAGUCAAGGGUUUCUGUUCCCUGUCAAUCCUGAUCAGGGCCAACUGCCCACGAUUGAGCUAGAAGUUGGGGGAAGGCUUUUCAGCAUCCCGAAAAGUAGUCUGGGGUUCGCCGAAGCCAAGCCUGGUUAUUUAUAUGGAGCGGUUCAGAGUCGCGGAUCGAUUGAGUUUGAUGUCCUUGGGCGUUCGUUCUUGGAAGGAAUCUAUGCGGUAAGCUUUUCUGUUGACUCAUUGCAUGAUUCGAGAGCUGAUCUUGACUUUUUGCAGGUAUUUGAUAUCAGCAAUCUUCGGUUUGGGGCAGUGCAGGUUGCGAAUUAAUUGCCAUCCGAAUUAGCAUCGCUCGAUGAUGAUCAAUCUGAUGAAGUUCGACUAACGUGAUGUACCCCGGCUAUAUAUUCAUUUAGUUCUAGGGACUUCGGUAUAUGAAGCAGUGUCUUGAAUUAAAUACCAAUGAGUACUACUUAUAGGUAAUUUGUAUAUAGGACGAGUCUGUAUCGCGAAAUUCAACGCCUCAUAUUCAUAAACUCGGCCCUUGACUUUCUACACAACGGGGCACUCCCAAUUCGGCUUUGAUGUGAUAGAGCUAUGAGUAGGCAAGAUAGAAGUAACA